AUGGGCAGCGACUACUACGAGACGCUGGAAAUAAACAGAAAUGCAACAUCGGCAGAUAUCAAACAGGCAUAUCGACGUCUCGCAUUGAAGUUUCACCCGAGCAGCAACAAAGAAAAAGGAAGCGACGAGAAAUUCACUCAGCUGGGUGAAGCCUACGAUGUUCUGAGCGACCCUCGAAAAAAGGCAACCUAUGAUAAGUUUGGUGAGGAGGGUCUAAAAGGCGGUAUCCCACCUGAGUUUGGCAGCAGUGGGGCCUGGUCAUCUAAAUAUGCCUACCAUGGGAAGCCAGACAAAACAUUCAGACAAUUCUUUGGAGGCGACAAUCCAUUUGCAGACUUCUAUACAAAUGAUGCACCACUUCAGUUUGGUGGCCUGCAACCACAACUAGCGAAGACACAGGACUCUCACAUAGAGAGAGACCUUCACUUGUCCCUGAAUGAUCUCUUCCACGGAUGCACAAAAAAGAUUAAGAUAUCUCGCAGGGUUAUGAAUGAAGAUGGACACACAUCAAGUAUCAAAGACAAGAUCCUGACUAUAGAUGUGAGGCCUGGAUGGAAAGAAGGCACACGAAUCAUUUUCUCUAAAGAGGGAGAUCAGGGGCCAAACAGCAUCCCUGCAGAUAUUGUGUUCAUAGUGCGACAGAAGAGUCAUCCUCUGUAUGUUAGACAACUCAAUGACCUGAUCUACAAGGUGCCGAUCUCUCUGGAGAUGGCCUUGACUGGUUUCUCUGUGGAUGUGGAGACACUUGAUGGGAGGCUGCUCAGUGUUCCCAUCAACGACAUUGUGCACCCUGCCUACAAAAAAGUGGUGACUGGAGAGGGAAUGCCGCUGUCCCGGGACCCUUCCCAGAGAGGAAACCUCAUCAUCACUUUCGACAUCCAGUUUCCAGAGAAGCUCUCCGCUGAGAGGAAGCAUCAGAUCAAGCAAGCUCUCACUUAUAAAGACUGAUGCAUGUGUUGCUAUCCUAUGACUAACGAUUAAUGUGGUUACAUUUCUGUCGGUAGCAGCACAGUUUGUGUAACUUUACUUUGAGUUGAAAUAUACACUUUUGGCAGAAAUUUGUAAACAACACAGCUGUGAUAGAAAUCAGCCUUCGACAGACAGCAAUGGUUACAGUACAGUUGUGCGGUUGUGAUUCGCUGCCAUCAUGGCACGUUUCAGCUGCUCGUAGGUUACAAACAUCACCACGUUCCAGGAGCCCAGGCGUAAGAAAGAUGGCAUGAACCUCAAGAGCAAAAAACAAAAAAAAAACCAACAUGAUUGAUUGCACUCCGUCCAUAUGAAUAGCUUUUUUUAUGUUUAGUUUACAGCUGCUGGUCUCCUCCUCCUGCUCUAUAAAUGUUUGAUUUAUAUCCUCAGUCAUUUCAAUAUUGCCCAUGCAGUCAAUGCUUACCCCUUAUAAAAGGCAAGCGGUCCCUCUUUGGUCAUCAUGGCAGCAGCACAAUUGAGGACACUGCUGUACUGGCCAAGAGGAGCGUUCAUAUAUCUUGUCUUGACCACAUCAACAGGAGAGGCAAUCACAGUUGUGCAUAAUCCUGCACCAAAGGCUGAUACAAAGUGGCAAGGCAGGUUAUCUGUGGAGGAAAGGCUCAAAGUUACAGCUCCAUAGAGAUCGUGUCUCUGCACCAUGUUGUUCUGCAGCCAUUGUUUUACCUG